CCUUGUCGUCAUCAUCAUCAACAAAACUAGCAAACGAGCAAUAAAAUAGAGUUCCAGAAAAGAGAGAGAGAGAGAGAGAGAGAGAGAGAAAGCGAAGGAAAAUUAACCAUGGUGAAGAAGUGCAGAGCAAUCGCGAAAAUUGCGGUGGUGGAGAUGGCGGCGCCUGCUCAGGUAGGGGUGAGAACGCGAGCUCGAGCACUAGCCAUGGCGACGACGGAAAAAACGGCGAGGAAAAGGAAAAGGAAAUUGAAUCACUGCGCGGUGACGGAAUUGGAGUUAUCCUCUUCGUCGACCUAUAUUCAGCUGAGGAACCGAAGAAUUGUAGUGCAGGAAUCGGUGGAUCACCGGCGCUUGAGCUCUAGCUCGGAUCAAGAAGUAUCGUGCUGCUCAAGCAAUGGAUCGAGUGAGAGGAUCGAAUUGCCAGAUCUGGAGGCGGAGAAUUUUGAAGACGAGACAUCCACGUAUAGCUGUAGUGAGAGAAGAGAAACUACAGAAUCAGACGAACUGGAUUCAACGUCGAAGCCAUCAGCGGUGAACUGUCACCGUAGAUCAGCGGCAGAGAAAAUGCCAACAGAAGCGGAGCUUCAAGAAUUCUUCACAGCAGCGGAGAAAGACCUCCAAAAGCAAUUUGUUGACAAGUAUAACUACGAUAUUGUCAAGGACGAGCCGCUGGAUGGACGUUUCGAGUGGGUUCGUUUAAAGCCAUGAGGAACUGAUCAAAAGCAAAGCUACGAAUUCUUAGAAAAUCAACAGUGGCGAUUUCUCUUAGGUACCACUGGAAUUUAUAAUUCUCAGUUCUUCUUUAAUUAGGUCUUUCUUUUUCUCUUUUCCGUUGAUUCCAUGUACAGCUCUUCUCGCCAUUAGCGAAAAUGUAAGUAGAAGCAGCUUUGGGUUGUAACCUGUACGAGGAGUCUUCUCUGCAAAAGAAAAUGGCAAAAUCUGCUUAGGGAGGAACAAAACGGUUUCGCAAUAACGAAGUCUGUUCCCAUUCUGCUGCUUUUAUUAUGAUUUUUAGCCCCUAAUUGUCGUGUCUGUUUCUAUCUGUUAAAUCUGCUACUAUCUCCUUCCAUCCGUCUCUGGUACAGCCACUGAACUUCAGUACACACUCAGUAAAUUUAACUUUUUCUUUAGUUUUUGCUAUCAGUAAUUUAUUAAUUCAACCUGAAUUAAAUAGUAAGAGACAUU